UUAUAGUUUAGCCUGUACUGUAUACUAUCAACCGCCUGAUAUUUGAUAUUCUUCUGCCACUCUUCUGCCACUCUGUUAUCUGUCGAUUUAAAUCUCCACGUGACUCUCAAUCAACAACUUAAACACGACAUCCAAAAUAUCAUAACUAUUAACUAUACAAUACUUUUAUCAAUAAGAUGGUUUCACUAUUAAAAACUCAACAUAUCCCAUUAUCCACCAGGAUAUCAGUUGGAUUAUUAGCAGGCAUAUCUGGACUACUUUUUGGAUUAAAAUUUCAAAAAUUAAGAGAAGCAAUUCAAGCUGGUAGUUCAAGUUCAUUUCAUGAUAUUUAUAUCCCAUAUUUACAAUUAAUUCCAAGAUCAACAAUUUAUUAUCCAUGGGUAAUUUUUACUGCUAUAUUUGCAGAAAUUAGUAUAAUUACAUUUAUAUUUUCAAUUCUUGUAUUAAUUAUUUCAACAAGAUAUAUUGAAAAAUUUUGGGGUUGGAAAGAAGUAAUUAAAUUUAUUAUUAUAAUUGGUUCAAUUACAAAUUUUGGUACCGUAUUAAUUUCAAUUAUUAGUAAUAUAAUUAGAAAUGAUAGUGAUUCAAUGGAUUUACCAGUUGGUGGAGGUAUUUCUUAUUAUUUUGGAUUUUUAGUAGUAUUUAAACAAUUAAUUCCUGAACAUAAUAUUGUUUUAUUUCAAGGAUUAGUUAAUGUUAGAGUUAAACAUUUACCAUUUACAUUUUUAAUUAUUGUUAUUUUAUGGUCAAUUAUAAUCACAAGAUCUUUAUAUCCUGUAAUUCCUUCAAUUGGAAGUUUUAUAACUUCUUAUACUUAUUUAAGAUUUUAUCAAUCAUUUUUAACUGAUCCUUUAUUACCAAUAACUACUGCAACUGGUGAUAAUUCAAAUUCAAGUUUAAUUACUGGUGAUGCAUCUGAUACUUUUCAAUUAGUGGAAUUUUUCCCAGUAAUUUUAAAACCUUAUUUAUCAAUAGUAUUUGAUAAAAUUUAUGAAUUAAGUGUAUUACUUGGAAUUGUAACUCCAUUUAAUGAUGAAUCAGUUGAACAAAGUAAUAUUAGAGCUCAAAAGAGACAAGAACAAGCUAAUCAAGCACAAAAAAGUGUAGCUAAUUCUGUAGCUGAAAGAAGAAGACAAGUAGCAUUACAAGUAAUUGAAGAUAGAAUCAAUAAAGAAUCAACUGCUUAAAUAGUUGUAAUAAUAAUUAGGAGUAGUAGGAGUAGUAGGAGUAGUAGUAGUAUUGUUAUAAUAGUUUAUAUUAGUUUAUAUACAUUCAGACUGAAAUUUACGCGGAA